AAAUAACACUCGUAACAUAUAUAUAAUAGUUUGGAAAGCCAAGCCCACCCAAGAGUCUCUUGCCCCUGUUUACUGUAUUUAUACACUCAGUCCCUAUAGCCGGCGACGCAUAAUCUAAAUCGUUACAUCACUCGGUCGACCGCAGCCUCAACCCAUGAAAGAGAACAAGGCCGCCGAAAAUGCUCUCGGCACCAUAGGAGCCGUACUCUGGAUGGUGCAGAUUGCACCCCAAAUCAUCAAAUCGCACAAGGAAAAGACGACGAAGGGACUCUCGGCAUCCUUGAUGUUUAUCUGGGCACUGGCUUCCCUAUUCCUGGGCGCCUACAACGUAGUGCAGGAACUCUCUAUCCCAUUACAAAUUCAACCACAAGCCUUUGGUGCCCUAGCCGCCAUCUCAUGGUGCCAAUGUCUGCACUAUGAGCGCGGCUACUCCAAGAAGAGUGUCUGGGCCAUCUUCAUUGUAUUUUGCUGCAUCUUUGCCGGAUUCGAGGCUGGUAGCGUCUUUGCUCUGCGAGCAGGAUCGCGUAACGGCACAGAGUGGCCCAUUACGAUGUAUGGCUACAUCACUGCCGUUCUCCUUGCUGUGGCGUUGCUGCCACAGUACUGGGAGAUCUAUAGGUUCCGAGAGGUUAUCGGCAUAUCGCUCAUGUUUAUGGCUGUUGAUAUCCUCGGAGGCAUCUUCUCAUUUGCUAGUUUGUUCGUCCGUACAGAAUUGGAUGUGGCCGCUUUUGUGUCAUAUGUCCUAGUGGUCAUCCUGGACGGUAUCGUCGUCCUCCUCUAUUUCAUCCUCAACCCCAUUGCUCGACGUCGGCGCCGAGCGGAAGGAACCGAGGGCGGAAAAGUUGGGGACCCCGAGGCUGGACGGGUAUCAACUCCUGCCAACUCGACGGAACCAACGGUGGUCGGCCAUGGAAUGGUGGUAGACAAAGACGUCGAGAAGGAGCAGGAGGGCCAGCCGCGAGAGCCACCAAGGGAAUCAUGAGCGGGAAGGAAGUGGAGACUUGUACAAUAGUGUUUGGUUAGAUCUUGCAUAUAGAACUGUAGAAUUGUCAUAGACUGUCGCAUGAACGUGUGAGAAGUACA